AUGCAGGGGUCUCAACAUGGAGUAGGGAAGGAGCAGGAGGGGCAGAAGAGUGUGGGGAAGGGGCAGGAGGCGCAGCAGAGUGUGGGGAAGGAGCAGGAGGGGCAUAAGAGUGUGGGGAAGGAGCAGGAGGGCCAGAAGAGUGUGGGGAAGGAGCAGGAAGGGCAGAAGAGUGUGGGGAAGGAGCAGGAGGGGCAGCAGAGUGUGGGGAAGGAGCAGGAGGGGCAGCAGAGUGUGGGGAAGGAGCAGGAGGGGCAGAAGAGAGUGGGGAAGGAGCAGGAGGGGCAGAAGAGUGUGGGAAAGGAGCAGGAGGGGCAGCAGAGUGUGGGGAAGGAGCAGGAGGGGCAGCAGAGUGUGGGGAAGGAGCAAGAGGGGCAUUAG